AUGGAUAGCAGGACUCAGAGACCUAAGAGGAAGGCCAGUCCUGAAAAGAAGACCCAAAGAAAAAGGAGAAGGGCCUCUGAGAUGGCUGAACCCUGUGGCAGCAAUAAAGAGGAUGGCAUUGUGAGGAGAGGGAAGAGGAAAGUAAUGGACGAUGGAGAGGGGCCAUCAAAGCAGCAGCAGAAGAAGAAGAAGAUGCCAGUAUUCUACCUUCUCAAAAACAACGAGGACUCGGCCUCCACCUCAGUGGACACUGAGAACAGCGACCCUUUAGAAGGCUGCAGUACAUUUGUGGGAUAUGUGAGCAAGAGAAGUGUUAAGAGAAAGGCCCCCACUGAAGGAGAAGGACCGAGGAGGAAGAGGAAGAGGAGAACGGACCCAAAGGAGACCCAGAAGAAGGCGGAGGAGGAGGAGGAGGAGUUGUCAGCAGACGCCCAGAGAGCUCAAUUUAAGGCCAAAUACAAACAGCAGAAACAGCUCGGUGAAGGAGGGUGUGGGUCUGUGUUUGCUGGCUACCGCAAAGCAGAUCAUUUACCAGUGGCUAUCAAACACAUACCAAAGAACAAGGUGUUUUGUAAGGAAACGGACCAGAAUGGGAACGAGCUGUCUGUGGAGGUGGCUGUCAUGUUGAAGCUCUCUGCUGAAACGCCUGGAUCAGUGGGGACGUCAGCGUCUGUGUCUCUACUGGACUGGUAUGACCUGGGCCAGAAGCUCAUCCUGGUGCUGGAAAGACCAGUCCCCUGCGAGGACCUCUUCACGUACCUGGAGGUCAAACGAGGCACUAUUCAGGAGGAGGAGGCCAAGAUCAUACUGAAACAGCUACUUCAAGCAGCAACCGAACUCGAGAAUCAGCGCAUCUUUCACCGGGACAUCAAACUUGAAAACAUCCUUAUUGAGACGGGCUCAGACGUCCCGCGUGUUCGCCUCAUCGACUUUGGACUCAGCUGUUUCUUCAAGAAAAGAUCAGUUUUUCAAGAUUUCUAUGGUACCUGUGAUCACAUCCCUCCAGAGUAUUACAGUCAUUUUACCUACAGCGCCAGCCCCACCACGGUGUGGCAAGUAGGAGUGGUCCUGUUCGAAAUGUUCCACAGACGAGAACGUUUCGAGACCAGAAAGUUCCUGACAAAGAAGCUGAAAAUCAACAAACGACUGUCCGAGAAUUGCCAGGAUUUCUUGAAAAUGUGUUUGACCAAAGUCCCAGCACGUCGCCCGACCCUGGAGCAGCUCCAGCUUCACCCCUGGCUCAGAUAA